CGCGGAGUAACGCGGAGCGAGUCCCGACCCCCCGACGGAGGAGGGCAACUCAUCUGCUCACAUACUAAUACACACCCACACGAGUGGAUGCAAAUCUGCCGUUGGGGCCGUUGGUCUGCGUAUGUGGCGAUUUUGCCUGCUUGCGCUGGUGGUGGUUUUUCGACAGACGGAGAGGGGAAGGCGCGGAGGUAGGGUGGUGGCUCAGCUCACGGCACCCUGUCUGACGGGCAACAGGGCCCUCUUUCCCGACGGGACGGAAGCAAACGCAGACUGCCGACCGGGGGAUCCUUGGGAAGGAGUAUUUGACAGGGCCAUUACAACGGAGCAAGAUGAGGCACUUUCCCACCGGCAAGAUGAUGACGUCUUUGCGCGAUGCGAGGGCAAUGCCUUUCUACCGAUUCUCGACCACCCCGAUUUGGGCAACUUCGGCCAAUGCGUCUACGAGGAUAACGUCAGGGAACGGCUCAAGAGGCAGCAGACAGAUGCCCUGACCACCGACGAGGAGACCGCCGGCAACGUGACCGCAUCGGCAGAGAACCAGAGCCAGUUAUGCGGGGCGCCUAGCGGCGUCAACCGAACGGACAUCACUGACUUGGGGACGGCAGCUCUCGGCAGGUACGCGCUGCAGCCAAUGUGAGAGGACCACUAGCAUUUGCGCGAUGUUUGCUUUGUCCUUGUCUGUCAGCUGCCCAUCAGAGAAGCCCCUCUGUGCUCGGACGAGUGACUCCCGCUUCUGCUACUGCAUCAAUCUAGAAGAUGGCCUUUUUACGGGCCUGAUUGUCGCGGAUUUUCUCACGGGCGUCACAGGCGGCCAGUCAUCGUCCCUCUGCUUCCCGCCCGCAUUGGAUCCGUGCUUCAAUUCCGUCAACCGCUUCGCCGUGCCCCUCGACUGCGCGGCCAGCCUGCCCGUCGUCGAGAGAAUGGAAGACAUUGGGCCCGACCCAAGAGAGCAGAGCGUCAAGCCGAAUGGCCCGCCCCCAGUUCCACAACAGUCAACCUUCGCCCAGCUAGUGCCCGGCACUUAUCUGUUCCAAGACGUGCACUCUGACGCCUACCUCGACACCAUCAGCAACACGGGCACCAAUGUGUCGAGUUGCAUGAGGAUCCAGGGCAAGCCUGACGAUGAUAGUGGACUUGACGGCUUCUUCCUCGACCUCUCGUGCAAUACGGCAGAGGGCGUGAGUGUGACCCUCCAGUUCGACUGCCCCGACACCGGCCUUUGCUCCCAACGCGAGGGCAACCCCGCAGUUGCAACCAUACAAGGCGUCCUGCGCGUGGAGAAUGCCAGCAACUUGGCAUGCAGGGGCGUCGACGCGCAGAUCGAGAUGACAUUGACGGGGUUCGUCGACGAGGCAGAAUCUCUCAUUGCUCAGCAAUUCGAGUAUGACCAGCUACAACGGAUUCUGAUCAUCGGCAAUGAGACACAGGAUGACCUUGUCACUGCAAGAGCGCUAGGGCUCAUCAGCCAAGCACGUGACUUCAGUCUCGGUCUGUUGACCUUUCCUGAUGAUGUGCCAGAGAGCUGUGAUAUUCUGCUCAACCAGCGGGUGUUCACGGUCACGUCGUCACAGGAGGCAGGAUCUAUCCUUGCACUGGCUACCUCAGGAUAUGGAAGGAACACGACGUCUGGCGACAUUAUCCGAAAGGUACAUGCACCGGUGGACAAAGCACAUAUACAUGUGUAUAUAUUUCGUUUUCCUCAGAACCCGUUGGAGGUCAGUCAGUUCGCUUUUGACAAUCGAGAGGCAUUCCAGAAGUGCAGUGAAGUAUGUGGGGACGCGGCUCCAUCGUCUGGCAUCCUCGGCAUCGAUUUCAGUCUUGCGCUGCUCGGAGAAGUCUUACCGACGAUCUUCUUUCCCAUCUACCAGCCGGAGCAGUCGCCCGACCUGUCGUUCAGCAGCUUCUUCAUUGGGGACUCUUUCUUUACGAACACGACCCUCGAUACCACAGAGUGCUCCGGCGACGAUCGAUUCAAUAGGAGUGGCAGAGAAGUAUCUGCUUUGUGCACUGAGGCCCUAGACCUUGAGAGGCCUCGAUCCUUUGAGCUGUUCAGCGCGGAGACAGGCGUGUCACUUGACCUGAUUCUGAAGGUGCUUCGUUCAUUCUCAAGGAAGCCAUACAUGUGUCUGUCUGUGUGCUGCCGUUGUGUGAAGGGCCAGCUGGGAAAUCUGAUCGAUGGAAGAGAAGGUACAUGGCAAUGACACCAGUCAGGCGCGUGACAAGCAUGUUUCUUUCUUCUGGUCUCUUGGCUGAGACGCAAAGAUGAUUGACUGUCUUGCCGUUGAUGCGUGUGUAUGCAGUCUUGGCCAAUUGCCGAGGACUGAGGCUCCAAAACCUUCCCGUCGACUUUGACCCUGGCGAUGACGCCUUAUAUGCUCAGCCCCUCGUUGAACCCAGCUCAUUUGGCGAGGUUGUGAGUGUUGCUCUUGCGCUCAACGAAGGAGUCCUUGGAGCUGACACGUGUGUUUUCAUUUCUACCGAUGGGACUCAUACUUGCAAGGGGAUAACGAGAGGCUCUGAGCACAGGAUCAACGCUUCUGUCGAGAUCUUCUCGACUGUUGAUGAUCCAACGAUCAAGAGCUGCACCGAGAGGUUCAGCGAUUUCGCCACGGGGGACGGGGAUGUCCUGCCUAAUCGCUGUGUGAUUGCGUUUGAACGCUGUAAGCAAUUGAAAUGAAUCACAGCAGACUUGCUGUCGCUUCCUGUUGCUUCGUCGUAUCUCUUGCUUGUGUCAGUCGAGGCGUGUCCUGAGAUUGUCCUGAAUGCCUCCAGUACCGCCCAGCCAUCAAGCUACCGCAUGACCGACCUUGACACAGGCUGGUGCAUCCGGAUUCGGCCUGAAGAUUCCACUGAGGAAGUCUUCCUAUUCAGCUGCGAGGGAGAGGACGCGGAUUUGCAAGUGCGGAUCAACUAUGAUGUCGAGGCUCUGGACGGACGGAUCGCACUAAGAUCCCUUGGCCAGCCACAGGUUGGCUUCGCCAAUGUGGGCUUCAAGGGCACAGUGCGGCAGGUGUGGCCCCCAGAGUGCGAAGGUAUUCUCAUGUUCGUCGAAGGUACGCUGUGUUUGACACACUCGCAAAGCCUUCGAGUGUGUCUUUUGUCUAUUCAGCUUGUGUCUCUUCAUUACACAGGCACUCAAGCGGGCGGCUUGAGUUUUGAGCCUCAGGGAGAAGAGCUCACUUAUCCGGGUGAAACGUCGUAUCUCCCCACCAUCAGAGAGUUUGCUAAGUCAAUCGCACCCGAAUUGGUAGCACUGCCAGACACUGACCAUCAAGAAGCCUGUGUCUGCUAACUGCUUUGUGCAGAUCUUCACGUCGAGCGCCUCUUUUGCGAACAUGGAUUAUACCAUUUUAUCGGCUCCUGACAAUAUUUCUGCCGAGCGCUGCUUGCUGCCUACAGUGAAACUCACCUACAGGAAGUUUGGGACGGGAGUCAUAGAAUUUGAUAAUGGAACCAUCGCAGAAGUGCCUAUAUUCAGCUUUCCCAGUUUGUCAGUUGACAAUUCGGGACCCGAGGACAACCCCACAUUCGUCGACAGUUAUAUUCAAAUGUAUGGAUAUGGACCUGGGAGGCAAGGCCGCGGCAUAGAUUUCUUGUCGAGAGUAAGCGGUCACUUGAGAGAAGUCUGCGACAUUCCGAAAGAAGGUACGACAAAUUGUAUUGCAUCAAGUACUCACAGGCAAGGGUCCCUGUUUGUUGUCAGGCGUGCAGAUUCAAUGCCUCGCGAGAAGGCCAUUUGUCUUGUUGGCCGACGAAGAUUUCCUCAAGCCGGACGACGAUUUCAAUCUCACGUAAGAUGGGCUCAAAUGACGAGACAGCCAUCAGGCCGUUAUGGCUGAAUCCAUUUUCUCUAUGUGUCUCCUUCCUUCAAGUUCUGUUGCUCGAGUGCAGACACAAUACGGCAUCGAUCCCGACGAUUUGCCGCUCCAAUCGCCAGAUGGCUUCACACUCAGCUGCUCGCGUGAUGAUGUCGAGCGUGUUCAGCCUGCUGGCUUCAUUGUGCGGACGAUCCCCUUUUUCGUCGAGGCCCCAAGCGGCUAUGGCAAGACCCUCGCCGUUCAGCAGCUGUGUCCUGUUCUGACAUUUUGUACCACCAAGGCCGAGAAGACAAGCCCGGCCUCUAAUGGACAGACGCAAGAUGGGAAGAGACCAUUGUGAGGCUGACGAAAGGGCAGGCGGCCAGCUUCUGGAAUUGAUUUGAUAUGAGGGUGGAUUUGCUGUGCGGACCAUCGCCUUGCUCGCCGUCGUUCGUGAGUGCCAGUGCGGGGUGUGACGGCAUUUUGUAUCGCAACCGGUGUCAGAGGAUUUUUCUGUGAUCGCUUUUUCUACGACGCGUAUACAUCCAUCAGCCAUACACGCCUGUGUGGCCUAUGGCAAGGUGCACAAAGUGAGACACAAUCACUUCGGGCUCACAGCUUGGUAUGCAUCGGCGCCUUCGGUGUCUGUGUAUGUCACUUAUGGCAGCUGGCGUAUUUGUCGUCGUUUCUCAAAUGACGCGCAGCCGUCAAUUGUUUGUCGGAAAAAACAAUAAUCAUUUUCGUCUUUGGGAGACGGCAGUCUGCUGUAGUGCAUUUCGUCUCGUGUGUGUGUGCCUGUGUACUGGCGGACGCAUUGCAUUGUGGUGAUUUAUAUUUCAGCCAUGCACCAAUG